GUUAACGGCCUUCCCUGAUUGGCUCUUUAUUUUCCUAUUCAUUUUGCUGCGAUUGAGGCAGAAGUGACUCCUUUGCCGGUUUGUGAAUGCGUGAAGCUGUUCCCUGCUUGCAGUUUUGCAGGGACUCGACAGCCUGCUAUAUACCUGGCCUAAUCCACUGUUGGAACUGUUGGAACUGUUGCAACAGUAUUUGGAACUGUGUCUGAACAGUGACACUGAGAGCCGUCAAUAUGAAGUUCCUCUCGGUCCUCCCUUUCACAUUCCUCGUCCCCCAGAUCCUGGCAGCCACCUCAGCCACCAUAGUCCACCCCACCCCUGUCCCUGAACUUUCCGAUAUAACCUGGAAAUCCGACAGCACAGGUUUCGACGCCGCCAAAGUCCAGCCCGUCAACGCGUCAACCUACGACUGGUGGUACUUUGACGCCAUCCAGGUCUCUGACGAUCCAGCCCAGCAGGCCUCGGUCGUCAUCACCUUCUACACGGCAGUUCCGAGCGGCUUCGACUUCCUACAACCUUACGCUGCCCAGGGCUUUACGAGCUUGACUUUGACUGACGUUCUCAUCCACUGGCCUAAUGGAACCGCUGAGUCGUAUUUCUUCAACGCCACCGAGGCGCGCAUCAUCACAAACACGGCUGACAAUGCUGUCCACGGCGCGUGGAUCGAGAACCCGGAUAAGAUCUCUUUUAUGGGGUCUCCCGAUAUGACGACCUGGCAGGUAGAGCUGGACUCGGCGGUGUGGGUUUCGGGGACCGUCACGCUGCAGUCGAUUGCACUUCCACACCUCCCCUGUGGUCCUUUUGCAGACGGUAGCAAUAUGCAAGUUGCACCGCACGUUGGCUGGUCGAAUGCAGUGCCAGAUGCGCAAGCCAACGUACAGCUAAAUGUCAACGGCCGUCCACUCAACUUCACUGGAAUUGGAUACCAUGACAAGAACUGGGGCGACAAGAACUUCGCCGCGAGCGUCGGAUCCUGGUACUGGGGCCACGGCCGUCUCGGCCCCUACAGCGUCGUCUGGUUCGACUUCCUCUCCCCUGAAAGAGAGAACUUCGUCUCGGCAUAUGUCUCCCGCGGCAACGAGAUUCUGGUCUCGCAGUGCUCGGGCAUCACGGUGCGUCCGUAUGGCGAGAACUCGACAUACCCGCCCCUAGCGAGCACGGGGAAUCCAUCGGGGUUCAAUAUCAACAUUGAACUUCCUGAUGGGAAUCACCUUGACUUCAAAGCGUCUGCGGACCGUAUGAUUGCGGGUGGUGCGCCGGAGUCCAUGUAUGCCAGGUUUACAGGCACAUUGGAGGGGACGGUUGAUGGUGAGGCGCUUACGGGCGAUGCGCUGUUCGAGCACUUUCACAUUUUUCAGAAAUGA